UUUGAUUUAACUUAGUAAUAUGUAUAUAUAUAAUUAUGACCAUUUAUAAUAUUGAUAACUAUAAAUAAUAAUUAUAAAAUAUAUUAAACAAUAUAUGAUAUCAUCGUCUACACUUUAAAGUUCAAUAAUGACUUCUAUUAUGGAUCAGUAUGAACAAGCAAAUCAAAAAAAUAUUGCUGGUUCAAUAUCAGAUGAACCAAUUUCCGGAUACAAUUCAAGGAUGGAGGAUAGUACACCAAUUUUUAGCAAACAAAAAAUGCAGUUUACGCCCUCGGAUAAGAUUACACAUUUGGCAGUUGCUAACGAUAUUUUGGUAUUGGCCAUGGCAAAUAAUACUUUGUUUAGAAUUAAUUUGAAACAGCCUGAUAAAAAUGAAGAAAUAUCUCUGAAUAAACCUGCAUACAAAAUAAGCGAAAUAUUUAUUGAUCCAUAUGGUAAUCACCUGCUUAUUGCCUUAACAUCAAGACAGCCUGAAUCUUCUAGUGAAUUAAUAUAUCUCAAUAGGAAAAGUAAUAAACUUAAAGCUUCGAAUAAGUUUCGAGGCUACGAAAUAACUGAGGUUGGCUGGAAUUGUAAUGUGUGCUCUGAGACUACAACAGGUCAUAUUUUGCUAGGAACAUCUAAAGGUUUAAUUUUCGAAACUGAAAUGGGAUUAGAUGGUGACAAAAUAUUUCAUAGUAGUCUUGAGCAGUAUUGGAGACAAAUUUUUGAUAUUGGCAAGGGAGAUGACAUCCCAAUUACUGGUCUAGAAUUUCGCAAAGUCAAUGAUACAAAUAAGUAUAUUGUUCUUGUUACAACACCACAAAGACUUUAUCAAUUUUCUGGUACUUCUUCAUCAGAAGACAGGUCGCUAUUACAGCAAGUUUUCAAUUCAUAUUUAAACAAACCAGAGGAAUGUAUAGAAAUGGGAAGUUCAUUGAAAUAUUCAAAACUGAAAUUAUACUACAAUGAAGUGUCUAGCCUGCCCAAAUCUUUUGGAUGGCUUAUAGAACAUGGAUUGUACUAUGGAAAAAUUGACCCAUAUAAAUCUGAUGACUCAAAUUUUAUAUCCAAAGCUGAAAUGCUAGCAUUUCCAAAUAGAACAAAUGAUAACUUGAAAUCCAAGUCUAAACUAUAUCCAAUAACAUUUGUGAUGACAGAAUUUCAUACUCUACUUGUUUAUAAUGAUAAAGUUGUGGGAAUUUCGCAAUUGAAUAAUGAUGUGAUUUUCGAAGACAACUACAAUGAAGCUUUUGGGAAAGUUGUUAACAUUGCACGAGAUCCUGCAAAAGGAACUAUUUGGUUAUUUACAGAUAAAUAUGUCUUUAGAUACAAAGUCACACGUGAAGAAAGGGAUGUAUGGAAAAUUUAUGCUGACAAAAACGAAUUUGCAUUAGCAAAAAAAUCUGCUCUUAUAUUUGCCGAAACGCAAUCGAGUUUUGAAGGUGUUUGCCUAAAAUUUUUGGAGCGGAAUGAAAUUCCAGCACUGAGACUAUUUCUUCGUAGAAAAUUAGAUAUGUUAAAACCUCAGGAUAAAACGCAAAUCACAAUGGUUAUUAUAUGGAUUAUUGAAUUGUAUUUAAAUGAAAUAGGUAAUUUAAGAAAUAGAAACUUAUUAGAUAGUCAAGAAUGCCAUGAACUGCAAACCGAGUUUGAUAAAUUUAUUAGGCAACCAGUAGUUUAUGAGAAUAUAUGCAACAAUAAAAGAGUAAUUUAUGAAUUAAUGGCGUCUCAUGGAGAUAAUGGUAACUUGAUAAAAUUGACAAUGUUAAACGAAGACUUCGAAAAUGUGAUUAUGAUGCAUCUGUAUAAAGGACAAUACAUGGAAGCUUUAGAUGUCUUGAAGAGACAAAGUAAUAAUGAGUUGUUUUACAGACAUUGCCCAAUACUUAUGGAAGAAAUACCAAAAAGCACUGUCCAAGUUUUGAUUUCAAGAGGAAAACAUUUACAACCAUCAAAACUACUUCCUGCAUUGGUAUGGGAAAUAGGCUGUAUAUAG